AGCGGUGUCGGCGCGGCCGUGGCUGUGACCGAGCAGCCCCGUAAGCUAUUUACUUCCGGUAUGACGCUGCGGUGCCCCUCUUCUUCCGGUCCGAGUCAACAAUGGGUCGAGUCAGGACCAAGACGGUCAAGAAGGCCGCGCGGGUCAUCAUCGAGAAGUACUACACGCGCCUGGGCAAUGACUUCCACGUCAACAAGAGGGUGUGCGAGGAGAUCGCCAUCAUCCCCAGCAAACCUCUGCGCAACAAGAUCGCAGGGUAUGUGACUCACCUGAUGAAGCGGAUCCAGCGCGGUCCAAUCAGAGGAAUCUCCAUCAAGCUGCAGGAGGAGGAGCGAGAGAGGAGGGACAACUACGUCCCAGACAUCUCUGCUCUUGACCAGGAGCUCAUCGAGGUGGAUCCAGACACAAAGGAAAUGCUCAAGAUGCUGGACUUCGGUGGCCUUUCCAACCUCCAGGUCACUCAGCCAACUAUUGGAAUGAACUUCAAAACACCCCGAGGAUUGUAGAGUCAUGUGUAACUGUCUAAAUAAAGUGAUUAUUAAUUAUCA